AUGAGCGCUGCUGGCCCCCCGUCCAAAAGGGUCAAGCGUGAGCGUGAAGAUGAUACUCCUGCCACCACCAUCCCCGGCACUCCCGACAUGAGGAUCGACUUCAAGGACAACAACGCGGCUGAACGCGUCAUCACGAUCACCCACUCUACUCCGUCCAACAAUGAUAGCUUCACCUUUGUCUCGUCCACGGCCAGUGGUCUUACGGUCAAAUGCGGUAAGCUUCGUAUCCACAUUGUCAAUGAAGAAGACGAAGCCAGACCUCAUGCGGUCAAUAUGCACCCUCUGGCUCCCCAUGUGCCCGCCAGCCCGGCCCGCCCCCUCGUCCCAAACUUGCGUCCAAGUCUUCCGACCCCUACAUUUUCAGUCUCCCAGCCCCCCGCCGACCACAACGCUCCUGCCGACCGAACUACUUCCGGUCGUAAGACUGUGAAGCGCCAGGCCGUUACCAGUAUUCUUUCCACCCCGUCUGCUUCCAGGGCCACCGCCAUGCAACACGUGGCCGUGGAGGUCGUCGUCCGCGAUUACCAGAAUUCUCCCACCGAGCUCAAAGCCGAGCGCACUACCCGCAUUGGAGAACUCAUCCAACGAUAUGCAGAUAAGAAAGGGCUGAACGCUGAAACGUUGAGGUACAACUCCAGAAUGUGGCUGUAA